AAACAAUCUGCGGACUUAAUAGAUUUUAAACAAUCUGUCAUGAUAUUUUAAAAACUGAAUUUAAUACUAAACUAGUUAAAAAAAGAGUAGUGCAAAAUUAGUGCGUGGAGUGAGUUUUUUUUAUGGAGUAUAACUAUCAUCACCUAUUAAAUAUUCUAAACUUUAUCCAACAGAUGAACUUUAAUGCCUCGAUUCAGGGACAAGACUCCUGCAAUCCGAGUAUACACCGUUUGCGAUGAAUCCAAGUUUUUGAUUGUGAGGAAUGUUCCAGCCCUAGGGUGUGGCGAUGAUCUCGCAAAAUUGUUUUCUGCUUAUGGAGAAGUUGAAGAAUGUAAACCAAUGGAUGGUGAAGACUGUGAACCAUUUACUGAUGUCUAUUGGAUCAAGUUUCAAAGAACAGAUAAUGCCAGGUAUGCCAAAAGGAAAUUAGAUGAGUUUGUAUUCCUGGGGAACAGGAUUCAAGUCACAUAUGCCCCUCAAUAUGAGACUCUAUCUGAUACAAAGGAGAAGUUGGAAGGGAGGCGAAGGGAAGUUCUAACACGAGUGAAGUCUCAGAAGCCCAUAAGUUCUGCAAUCCAUAGGCCAAAUGUUUUCAGCACAUCUAAAAUCACUUCAACCUCCUCACAUAUAAACUGUACCCCUCAAAUGCCAGGGCUAGAUCAAAGGAAAAUUUCAUCGCAAAAAAGUCAGUUCAUGACGCCACAUGAGACUGCAAAUGAUAGAGAUUCUUCUUUUAUGACUGUAGUGUCUUCUGAAAAGUUACAGGAAUAUUUUCCAUCACAAUCUAUGAACCAAACUGUUCAAUUGGUUAGGGAUAAACUAAACAAGAUACAAUCCAGUGCAGAAGUAUCAGUUGCUGGAGCAUCUAAAAAAGCGCGAGUAGACAACAGAAGGAGAAUUUGACAUUUUCUGCUUGUUAUAAGUUGUUUCAACUUAAAAAAAAUUGCUGAAACAUGAUUUUUGGUCAUCCAAUACUUUGCCGGCCAAUAAAGAAGACAUGCUUGACAAGAUGCUCCUUCUGUUUUACGCAAGACAAAGAAUCGUCAACGAUAGGCAUAAUGUGUUGCAAAUCCUAGACGGUCUCCCUCGUUGAAGUAGGUACAAUUUAUAAAUGUAUUUGAAAAUGUUGAAGAUAUCUUAGUUAGAAUUCUUAUUUCUAUGCAGCCUCGGGUUGUAAAAUGUCCAAAAGGAUCAUGCUGUUAACACCAAGGUUGACACCAUCAAUGUUUCUCAGAUCGAUAAAUCCGAGACGCUGAGAGUUCUCAUAGACAGUUAGACAUUGAUUGUGUCAACCUUGGUGUCAUUCUUGAGUUUAAAGUAGCUUUUUAACAUGCGAAAGCACAGACAAGAUUAGAGUCCUUCCAUUUUCAUCAAAAUUUUUAUAUAUGCUAAGUGUUUUCUAAAUAUUUGAGUUUAAAUUAGAUGACAUAUAAUUCCUUAACUUUGAUGUUGAUGUCUCUAAUAUUUUAUUCAAUCCUUAAUAAUUUUGAGUAAAGAAGAAAUGUAGAGUCUGUGA